GGGAUCCCGGGCGAGACGCAGGCGGGCACCGCGACCGAGGCACCCCCGGCGCCGCUUCCCGGCGGCCCGCAAGGUGAGCAAAGGCAGCUGAAGCCGACUUCUGGUUGUGCAAAAUUCCCCUGGCUCUUGGGGACGAAGUUCCCUCCAGUCCCUCUACCUGGCAGCCUGUGUUCCCGGCCUCACGAAGACAAGGCUGAGAAAGAACCAGCCAUCUCCAUCCAUCCCCAGCCAUGAAUUUCCUCCGGCGACGUCUCUCUGACAGCAGCUUCGUGGCCAACCUGCCCAAUGGCUACAUGACGGACCUGCAGCGCCCGGAUAGCUCCACCAGCUCCCCGGCUUCCCCGGCCACGGAGAGGAGGCACCCCCAGCCCCUGGCAGCCUCCUUCUCCUCUCCAGGAUCCAGCCUUUUUAGCUCCUUCUCCAGUGCCAUGAAGCAGACCCCUCAGGCCCCCUCGGGGCUGAUGGAGCCUCCGGGUCCCUCCACACCUGUGGUUCAGAGACCCAGGAUCCUGUUGGUGAUCGAUGAUGCCCACACAGACUGGUCAAAGUACUUCCAUGGAAAGAAGGUGAAUGGAGAGACUGAGAUCCGAGUAGAACAGGCUGAAUUCUCAGAGUUGAACCUCGCUGCCUACGUUACCGGGGGCUGUAUGGUGGACAUGCAAGUUGUGAGAAAUGGGACCAAAGUUGUAAGAUCCUUCAAGCCGGACUUCAUCCUGGUCCGCCAGCACGCCUACAGCAUGGCCCUGGGUGAAGACUACCGAGGCCUGGUCAUCGGCCUCCAGUACGGAGGGCUGCCCGCCAUCAACUCCCUCUACUCCGUCUACAACUUCUGCAGCAAGCCCUGGGUGUUCUCUCAGCUCAUUAAGAUCUUCCAUGCCCUGGGUCCUGAGAAGUUUCCACUUGUGGAGCAAACGUUUUUCCCCAACCAUAAGCCAAUGCUCACAGCCCCACACUUCCCUGUGGUGGUCAAGCUGGGACAUGCCCACGCUGGAAUGGGAAAGAUCAAAGUAGAAAACCAGCAUGACUACCAGGACAUCACCAGCGUGGUAGCCAUGGCCAAAACCUACGCCACCACGGAGGCCUUCAUUGACUCCAAGUACGACAUCCGCAUCCAGAAAAUUGGAUCCAACUACAAGGCUUACAUGAGAACCUCCAUCUCUGGGAACUGGAAGGCCAACACAGGCUCUGCCAUGCUGGAGCAGGUGGCCAUGACAGAGAGGUACAGGCUGUGGGUGGACAGCUGCUCGGAAAUGUUUGGCGGCCUGGACAUCUGUGCUGUCAAGGCUGUCCACAGCAAGGACGGCAGAGACUACAUCAUUGAGGUAAUGGACAGCUCCAUGCCCCUGAUUGGAGAACACGUGGAAGAGGACAAACAGCUGAUAGCCGACCUUGUUGUGUCCAAAAUGAGCCAACUCCCAAUGCCAGGGGGCAAAGUGCCCUCGCCCCUGAGACCUUGGGCUCCGCAGACUAAAUCAGCAAAAUCCCCAGGGCAAUCACAGCUGGGGCCUCAGCUAGGACAGCCCCAGCCACGCCCACCUCCACAAGGGGGCCCUCGCCAAGCUCAGCCUCCUCAGCCCCCAAGAUCUGGAAGCCCCUCCCAACAGAGGCUCUCGCCACAAGGCCAGCAGCCCCUGAGCCCCCAGUUGGGAUCUCCACAGCAGCAGAGGUCUCCAGGCUCUCCUCAGCUAUCCCGGGCAUCCAGUGGCAGCUCCUCAAACCAGGCCUCCAAGCCAGGCAUCACCUCACAGCCCCGGCCCCCUGUGCAGGGCCGCAGCACCUCCCAACAGGGUGAGGAGUCCAAGAAGCCAGCACCACCCCAUCCCCAUCUCAACAAAUCUCAGUCCCUGACUAACAGCCUCAGCACAUCUGACACCUCCCAGCGUGGGACCCCAAGUGAAGACGAGGCCAAGGCCGAAACCAUCCGCAACCUGAGGAAGUCCUUCGCCAGCCUGUUCUCUGACUAA